AUGCAACCCAAUUCCGAUAAGACAACCGAGAAGGAGAGUGAACCAAAAGAAAAGGAGGAUAGUGGAGAGGAAACCAAAGAGAAAGAGAAACCUUACGUUCCUCCCCCACCAUAUAAACCACCCAUCUCGUAUCCUCAAAGAUUAGUACAAUCCAAAAACGUAGGGCAGUUUAAGAAAUUUGUAGAGCUUCUACAAAAACUAAACAUCACAAUACCUUUUACGGAAGCUAUCACACAAAUGCCCUCGUACGCUAAGUUUCUUAAAGAUAUCUUAACUAAUAAGAAAAAGAUCGAGGAAGAAGAAACCGUUAUGCUUACUGCCGAGUGUAGCUCCAUACUUCAAAAUAAUAUGCCUCCUAAGCUAAAAGACCCAGGAAGUUUUUCCAUACCAUGUGUCAAUGAAAAACAUGUCAUAGAUAGAGCACUAUGCGAUUUAGGAGCCAGUAUAAGCUUAAUGCCUAUGCCCAUAUAUGAAAAACUUAAGUUAGGAGAAUUGAGACCAACUAAAAUGUCAAUACAAUUCGCUGACCGUUCUGUCAAAUACCCCCUAGGUAUACUAGAAAACGUGCCAGUACGUAUAGGUCAAUUCUUUAUCCCAACUGAUUUUAUAGUCAUGGACAUUAGGGAAGAUUCCAAUACACCCAUAAUUUUAGGAAGGCCAUUUUUAGCAACCGCCGGUGCCAUAAUAGAUGUGAAAAAAGGAAAGCUCACCUUUGAAGUAGGUGAAGAAAAAGUUGAAUUUAUCUUAACACAAUUCAUGAACGCAUCGGCCAUUGAAGAUAGUUGCUAUAUGUUAGACGUCAUCAAAAAAUGUGGAAAAGAGAUGGAGAAAGAUAAACCAAAAAUUCUGAAAUUCUAA